UCUCUCCUUUAUGAUGUCCAUUAUCAUCACUAUAACUCGUCAGGUGUAUGAAAAAUAACCAAAAGAAACGGCAAAUAACAAUAUCAAUUGAUUAGAGUCCAAUGUAAAUCAAUUUUCUUUGGUAAAACUAAAUAAUUUUGAUCCUAAUCAGUCUACGAUUGAGCACCAGAAAACAGUUGAAGCCAUUUGAACUCGAUUUGUAAUGUUGAAUCAUGCGCUUUUGUCUCAAUGUAAGAAAUCGUUUACCAGUAAAUAUUGUUUACAUUUAACCAAAAAUUACUCCUUUGAAAAUAAAUUAUAUUUUGAUUUAGAUAUUUAUUUAAGAUCAAUUUUUGUUGAUUAACACUGUCCACGGUCACUCACUUCACCAUGAUUAAUUAAGUUGCUGUUUAAAAUGAAAUUACAACCAGAAUAAAACAGAAGAUAUGGUCACAAAAUGAUCUUGGAUUCUCCACAUUUAACAAUGCUAUAUUACAUGACUUUCAACAUUUCAACCAGGCUUAGGUUUGAUUGGAUUAAAGGUUCAAACAAAUUUGAUUAAAUUUACUUCUAUGAUGCAAUGAAAAAUCAAUGUCAACUUUAACCUGAAUCUAGGCCAAACCAGAUCUCGGAAUACAGGACCAGGUCUAACUCAGGAGUUGAUUUUUUUUCUUUUUGUGGUUUUAUUAUUAGAUGAGUGAUUAUAAAUCGGAUGUUACUACUCGAAAUCGCCGAUGGCUUCCUUCUGAACCUAAUCGACAUCCUCUGUCACCAACCAUUCCAGUUGCUAAGCUUCGUUUAUACAGAGAAUUAGCUGCUGGAGCUUCAAGAUCUCUUACGGAUUUACCUCAUUCUUAUCAUUCAAAUUCAUCUUCUCAUCGAACAAUCAAUCGACCUCCAUCUGUAUUAUCAUCAUCAUCAAUACCAACUCCGGCUCCCAUGGAUCGUGUAACACUCUCGUAUCCGGGAACACCUACCAAAUCAAACGGGUAUGCUCAUCAACAGCAUUAUUUACAGCAACAUCUAUCUGGAUCAGCAACCGGAGUAGGUUAUGGACGUCCAAGUUCAAUUAAUCUUCAUCAUCCAUCCAAUCAAUAUUCACCUGAUCCAUAUGUCCAAGGAACAUGGUCACUAGGUUCUCACAGACAAUCAGCUUAUCAAGAUCGAUACUAUCCAUCUGGAACCAAUUAUCCAUCAUCUUACAAUCCUAACCUUGCCACAGGAUCCUAUCAAAAUCAACGUGAUCUACUAACAAUAUCACCAUCAGCUUAUGCUCGUCGCAAUGUUUCAAUUCCAAUUCAUUCUUCAUCAGCAAGUGCAACAUCAGCAGCCUUAGCGGCUCGAUCAUCAGGUCUUCCCGGGUCUGGUGGUUAUUAUCGUCAACAUCACCAUUCUGAUCACGAUUUAAGGUACAUUAACCCAAAUUCGUCUUACCCAAGUGUUCCUGGUUAUGGGUCAGGAUCAUAUGUGCAAAACCCGACAAUACAUCGAUCAUCAGGCUAUCAUCCAACCCAAGCGACUUCUAAUAGUUCACAUUACUAUCAACAAUAUCCUCAUCAUUCCCGGAGUCGACAUUAUCGAUCAGAAAGUGAUCUAGAUGCUCUCUCCAACCUUUAUCCAUACCCAACAGAUCCUGUUCGAACCCAAUCUGGUGUCCAUAGUAGUACUCAUGGUUAUCACUCUGGGACAAUGGGACCAUCAACUCACCAGGCUUAUCCAUCUUCUUCCUAUUAUGGUCAACAUCAUGACCCAUAUCAACAAUCUCUUGAACAUUCACGUUAUGCUCAAUCAAAUCCAUACACCAUUUAUCCAGGUUAUGGUCAAUCAACAGGAACAAUCAACGCAACAUCAUCAACUGCCUCAGCCACAAAUCGUUACAAUCGAUCACUGGAUCGCUAUUAUUAACAAUAAUACUACAAGAAAACACCAAAGGUGCUGUUCAAGUUGAUUAUAAAUAUGUAAAUAUUUGAAUUAACAUUCCUAGUUAGAGUUAGGUUGCUAAUUUAAUCAUCAAUUCAAUCAUCAUAUUCACUUUUAAUUCAAAACAAAAAGAAGAGAGAAAUCACAAAUUUAAUCAACACAUUUAAUGGUAGCCUAAAAUACCAUAAACUUAGCUGAAUUGCAAAUUAUUGUGAUAAGUGCAACCCAAAUUAUAAUAAACUAAAAUAGUUUAUCUCGAGAAAAUCAAAACUUAAAUUGUUGUUUGAUGUGCUGAAACCUAUUAAUUAGGAAAUUAAAAACUCAAUUUCAAUUGACUAGUGGCUUGAAAAUUCCUAACUUUCAUCAGCAAAGUACAAAGAUUAAUAGUAGUCUUGAUCUCUCUCUCCUUUUUACACUCACUAAUCUUUAAUUUGAGGUUUAAUGUUACUUCUUGAGCUUGAUUAAUGCAAUAACAAUCAAAAACAAAAAAAUGAAAUCACUUGAAUUGUUCAACUCUUAAUAUAUUUAUGGUUGUUGUCAGGUUAUUGUUAUACAAAAUUGUACAACAGAUCAGCAAACAAGAUACAACCAAAGUUAGAUGUAUUUCAAUGGUAUAUAAAAAUUGACUUGUGAAAUCUGUUAACAGUUGAGUUAAAUUAGGAUACAAUUUAGUUAUAACCAACAAUAUCACUCACAUGAAAUACCUUAAUCUUAAUUACCUGCUUAAUUUUAAUGUUAACCCGUUUGCUCUUUCCACCUAAAAGGAUUAAAUAUUGGAUUGAAUAUUGACUGAAAUCCUAUAGGAAAUUUAACGUCUAUUGGCCUUCGUCAUACGCUUCCUUAAAUUAUAAUCAACAAAAAUGAUUGAUUAUAUUACAACAAAUACCCUUUAAUUUAAAUUGUAACAUCACCUUUAAUUGUAAUUAUUUUAUCAUUAUUAUCAUUUAUAAUUUAAGGUUCAUUUUUUCAGAUCUCAGAAAUGUUAUUACAAAUGCAUAAAAGUCUAUUUCUUUUCCCUGUCCUUUUGGCAUAACAAAUCAACAAAUACAUAUUAAAUGAUGAUUUUAAUUAUUUGAUAACAUUGUUAACUAUUAAGAGAAAUGUCAAAUUUAAGUUAAUUAAUAAAGCUUUUAACUCAAAAUAAUUUCAUUUCAAGCUCAAAUUUACAAUUAGAACCAAAACAAAGCUCAUAAACGCAAAAUAUACCCAUAACAAUUGACCUCAACUGUAUUUAACCGUUAUUAAGUUAAAUUAACAGUUCUAAUUACAAUUUUAAAUUAUGAAACUCAAGAAAAACGCAAAAAAACUCA